UUGAAGCCAAAACUGAUAUUCAUUACCUCGUUAAAGAAUGGAUCUAAAGUUGGCGGACAUCAGUUUGAUCGCGAAGUUAGGACAGACCAUUGAAAAUAUUGUCAGCAGUGGUCUGAAACAGAUAGAGGAAUCAAAAUUGAGAGAGAUUAAAAACAUCUGUCGAAUUUCAGAUGUGUAUGUGAAUGAAGCCUUCAAAAUUGUCAUACAUCACUUGAGCCAAAUGCAUUCAGAGAUUCGUUUGUCAUCAUUGCUCAUAAUCAAAGAGUUAUUCAAAAGGUCACAUCACUUCAGAGAGCUCUUAAUUGCAGAUUUCCAGUGUUUCUCCAAAUUGGUGCUAGAAAUAGACCCUAAUACUCCUCUUCCACCACCUUCUACAGCACUGAAGCAAUUAAAAGUUCUUGCAACCAAAACUAUUAAAGAAUGGUAUGAAACCUAUGGCGAGACUUACAAAAAGCUAAAAAUUGGAUUUCAAUAUUUGAAGAAAAGUAAAGUUGUUGAUUUUGAAGAUAUGGAAGCUAGAUCAGCUCAGGAGAGACAAAGGAUGCAAGAAAAAGAGGCUAAAUUGACUGCUGUGAGAAAAGAGAAACUGAAAGUAUUAAAAGAAGAAGUAACUACUGAAGAAAUCGAAAUUAGGGAUUGUCUUACACAAAUUGAAAAUGGACUGGAGUUGUUGCUGCCUGAUGAAUUUGCCAUCAAGGCACCCAACGGGUGUGAAGAUCCAGAUAGUUCAGACACAUGUGAUUUCAGGGCGCAUGGCAUAAGCAAUAACGCAACAUUCAGCCUUGUAAUCGAUGUCCAACCUUUUCAAAUCAUCGAAGUGAACCAACAUAAUCGGGAAUUAAUCAGAUGCAUGCAAGAUCAAUAUCGAUUGCUCACUGGUCGGUGGCUACCUGCUGUUUUUAAGUGGAAUAUCAUUUCAGCUAAACUAGGGGCUGAAGAAAAAUUGCAAAAAAGUAUUCUUGACUUGAAAAUGAAAGUGGAGUUGACGAUCAAAAAAUAUCAAGAAACUAAUCUUGCAAGUUGCAAAUUACAUAGCGAUUUAGACUGCUCUUCCGAUUCUGAUUUAGAAACUGUACCUGAUUUGGACAGCCAUGAGGAAAAUUUAACCGAUAUAUUUAGCACAACAGACGCUACUGUGGAAACUAAGCCAGAAUCCCAUGGAUAUCUAUGCCGUAAAAGGCGUAGAAAAAACAACGAAAGGACGUUGCCUCUUGAUAUAGAUUCAUACGCAACUUCGCUGUCUAGUGUACCGGCUCCAACAUUUUCACGAAACACCGUGGAAAGUUAUUGGGUUCAGGAUCCGGAAAGCGGCUCUUCAGCAACAAUAGACUUGGUUAGUCAUCCCGUAGAACUAGGGGAAGCCUUCUGUCCAGUUAAAUGGUCUUGCAGGGCUCAACUACCAAAUGGAAAACUUUGUCUUAGAAAAGAUCGAAAAAAAUGUCCUUUUCAUGGACUAAUUGUCGCUCGUGAUGAACAAGGUCGACCCAAAGAUCCUUUAACAUUGCGCACUCCCGUCAAAGAUGCGGUACCCGAAUGGCAAGAUCCCGCUUUACUUGCGGAAAUUAAGGCUGCUACGGGUGUUGAUCUAACAAUGCCGACGAGGGGAAAACGGCUCAGGAAAAACCCGUUUCCCAAUCUUACGGAUUUGAAGACACUAAACAAUUCGUCGAGAUCUCGUCUGGAAAAAAAAGUUUUCAAGCGGCGAUGUUAAAUGUUCCGUAUUGUGAAAACAUUUUGCCUACAAGGAAAUGUUAAACGGAAUGACAAAUUGUAGCUUAGGCUGCAUCUCAAGUCAAAUACUGAAAUCGAAAUUAUUUAACUUUCAUACUGAUAAACCAAAAUAAAAAAAAAAAUAA